AUGGCAGCGCAGGAGUCGGGAGCAACGGCGGCGGCGCCUUGCGUCAGCCGCUUGCGCCUGCGCGUUGGCCGCUCUCGCGCCAGCUUUCUGGUGGCUCCCGGCGCUCGCUCCGUCACUGCCGCGGCGUCGCCGGACGGCGCGAGACGGAUCCGGCUCAGCCUGAGGGUGGGAAGGAUGGAGGCGGCGGAGGAGCAGAUUGGUACUGGGGAAGGGAAGAGGAAGGAAGCGGGAAAGAAGAAGAGCAAGGAGCUAGCUGCUGAUGGUGGCUGCGCAGAGCUGAAUCCAUGGCCUGGAUAUAUUAACCAGCGUCUAGAGAUGUACCAUAAACUUAAAGCAGAACAUGACUCGCUUCUGGCAGAACGAGCUGCUAAAGAAAGCCAGCCCAUUAAAGUUACCUUACCUGAUGGUAAUAUUAUUAAUGCUCAGUCCUGGAAGACAACACCAUACCAAAUUGCUUGUGGAAUCAGUCAAGGCUUGGCUGACAGCACUGUCAUUGCUCGAGUGAACAAAGUGGUUUGGGAUCUAGAUCGUCCUUUGGAGGGAGACUGUACCUUGGAACUGCUCAAAUUUGAUGAUGAAGAGGCACAAGCGGUGUACUGGCAUUCCAGUGCCCACAUAAUGGGCGAAGCCAUGGAGAGAAUAUAUGGUGGCUGUUUGUGUUACGGUCCCCCUAUAGAGAAUGGAUUUUAUUAUGAUAUGUUCCUUGAAGAUGGGGGUGUCUCUAGCAAUGAUUUUCCUGCUUUGGAGGGACUGUGCAAGAAAAUAAUGAAGGAGAAGCAACUUUUUGAGCGGCUAGAAGUUAAAAAGGAAACUUUACUUGAAAUGUUUAAGUAUAAUAAGUUCAAGUGUCGGAUCUUGAAUGAAAAAGUCAACACUCCAACUACUACAGUAUACAGGUGUGGGCCCUUGAUUGAUCUCUGCCGGGGGCCUCACGUCAGACAUACUGGUAAAAUAAAGGCAUUAAAAGUACAUAAGAAUUCCUCAACAUAUUGGGAGGGAAAAUCUGACAUGGAAACCCUGCAGAGGAUUUACGGAAUUUCAUUCCCAGAUGCAAAAAUGCUGAAAGAAUGGGAAAAGUUCCAAGAGGAAGCAAAGAACAGAGAUCACAGAAAAAUUGGACGGGACCAAGAACUAUAUUUCUUCCACGAACUCAGUCCUGGUAGCUGCUUUUUCUUACCAAAGGGGGCUUACAUCUAUAACACACUGAUAGAAUUCAUCAGGAGUGAAUAUCGAAAACGAGGAUUCCAGGAAGUCGUCUCUCCAAAUGUCUACAAUAGCAAGCUCUGGAUGACUUCGGGGCACUGGCAGCAUUACAGCGACAACAUGUUUUCCUUUGAAGUGGAAAAAGAGAUCUUUGCUCUGAAACCGAUGAACUGCCCCGGACACUGCCUCAUGUUUGAUCACCGGCCGAGAUCCUGGCGGGAGCUGCCCCUGCGAUUAGCUGACUUUGGAGUUCUCCACCGUAACGAGUUGUCAGGGACGCUGACCGGGCUCACCAGAGUGAGGCGGUUUCAGCAGGACGACGCUCACAUAUUCUGUGCCAUGGAGCAGAUUGAAAGUGAGAUAAAGAACUGUCUGCAGUUCCUGCGCACCGUCUAUGACGUGUUCGGCUUUUCUUUCAAACUCAACCUCUCUACCCGUCCUGAAAAGUAUCUUGGAGACAUUGAAGUGUGGAAUCAUGCUGAAAAGCAACUUGAAAAUAGCUUGAAUGAAUUUGGUGAGAAAUGGGAAUUGAACCCUGGAGAUGGAGCUUUCUAUGGGCCAAAGAUUGACAUUCAGAUUAAAGAUGCCAUUGGCCGGUACCACCAGUGUGCUACGAUCCAGUUAGAUUUCCAGCUCCCAAUCAGGUUUAAUCUCACAUAUGUGAGUCAUGAUAGCGCUGACAAGAAAAGACCAGUGAUUAUUCAUCGUGCUAUCUUGGGAUCUGUGGAGAGGAUGAUCGCUAUCUUGACAGAAAACUAUGCAGGCAAAUGGCCUCUCUGGCUGUCUCCUCAGCAAGUGAUGGUGGUACCAGUUGGACCAACAUGUGAUGAGUAUGCACAAAAGGUGAAGCAACAGUUCCAUGAUGCUGGGCUAAUGGCGGAUGUUGAUGUGGAUCCCGGCUGCACAUUGAACAAGAAGAUAAGAAAUGCGCAGCUUGCACAGUACAACUUUAUUUUAGUUGUGGGUGAAAAGGAGAAGGCGAGUGGAACAGUAAAUAUUCGCACCAGAGACAACAAGGUUCAUGGCGAACGCACAGUGGCUGGAACCGUGGAGAGGCUGUUGCAGCUGAAAGCCUCUCGUUGUAAAAACGCAGAAGAAGAGUUUUAGCCAAGC